UUCCUUCACGUUUCAUCAUCUUCUAACCAUUGUUGCGAAAAUUGGGGAAGUUGUAUUUGGAUAGGUUUUUACAUUCUAUUAGUGUAUUUUUAUUCGUAAUAACUUCCUAUUUUCAAAGAUUUUGAAGCGUAUUCAACUUCCAAUCCUUUCCUUUUUCUUCUCCAAUACAUUCCUUCAUGAUUCUUCAUCUUCAAAUCAUUGUUGCGGAAAUUGGGAAAAGUUGUGUUUGGGUUUUUGAAGAACAUCCAUUAAUGGCAGACGGAACAACACCUAAUAGGGUUACUCGAGCCUCUGCCGAUAAAAUGGCUGCUGAAAGGCGUUCCAAGAAUAUUCAUGAUCCUCGAAGAGUUCAAAAUCCUCCAAUUGCAAAAUCUUCAAAGAAAAUAGAUUCGGCUACAGUCACGAAGAGGAGAAAAACUACUGAUAUUGUUCCGGGCAGCAAGGGGAAACAAGUCGUAGAGGCUGAAGCGGAAGAAGAGCAAUUACAUGCGAACAAAACAGGGACUGUGGUGUCUUCGUGGCAGCGUAUGCUGAGUAUUUGACAUCGGGUGAAAGGAUUCCAGAUGUCAUUGAUACACACAUGUAGCGUAUGAGAUACGGUGCACUCUUAUGGGACUACGCUGAACGCAAGGUUGCUGACAAAGACGAGAGUGAUAAUGAAGUUCCACCAAGACCGAUUAGGCUAGCAAUCGAUUACAACAAUGUAGAUGCAAUUGAUGUUUGAUAAAUACUAUUCGUGCAUUCGAUGUUUUUUGUCCUUUUUUUCAUUAGAGCAAACAAUCUGAUGUUUUUAGAUAUAUUUUGACUGAUGUUGGAUAAUUAUCAUUUAA